AUGCUGUCUAGUCAUCAACAAAUAUAUUUUUUACCUAAUUUAAUUAAUUAUUUAAUUAUUUUAUUAUUUAUUUUAAUGUUAUUUUCUUUCCAAAUUUCUCAAAAAAUAAUUUUUGUAAAUUCUCAACAAAAUAUUUCAUCCUCAAAUAAUUUUUUAUCUUCAACAACAGAAAAUUUAAUUUUAAACGAAAUAUUUAAUAAUAAUUUUAAAUUAAAAAAAGAACAAAAUAAAUGGAAAAGAUUUAGAAGAAGAAAUGAAAAAAUAAGAGGAAGGAAACGAAGAUUUUUUGGUGUAAUAAAUUCUGAUGAUGAUGAGGAUUAUCAGCAACAACAAGAUCCCAAUUUAUCCACCAAAUCAGAAAAAAGACGGGAAGAGACUGAAACAGAAUUGGAAAAUGAAUUAAUGGCCGAAUUUGUUCGAGUUUCACUCAAACAAGAAAAUGAUUUUAAUGUUCGAUUCCGCAAAAAAACUUUUACAAUGACACAACCAUUUGAAUGUUAUUCUUGUAUGUCUUCCAGUUAUCAGGCAAAAUGGGGAUUUUUGAAAGAAAUGUAUUUUGCCCCAAAAAUGUUUGCCGAUGCCUGUGAUGCUCCAAUUCCUCGAAAAGGCCUUAUACCGACUGUUUUAUGUGCCUCAUUUUGUGUAUCAAUGUUAGAGCCGAGUGUUUUUGUUGGUUUUAAAUAUAUUCGUGGAUGUGGGGAUUUAAUUCUUCGACACGGAUUUAAUAAAACGGCUAUACAAAUACACAGAUUUGCACAAGUAGAUAAAUGCCGUCAAUUACCCCGCGCCCAUUUAUUUAAUCAGCCAAGGCAAUUAGAAGUGGCAGUUACAGGAAAUUUACAAUUAUGUACUUGUUAUGGUGAAAGAUGUAAUGGAGGGUCUUCCUCUGUUUUAAAAAGAGGAAAAAACUUGAAAUUUUUAAUUUUAUUUUCUUUAAUUAUUUUAUUUUUAAUUUCUAAAUAUUUAAGGAUUUAA